AUGCCCAUCACAAUCCUCCCACCCAAGGCCUUCCGGGACCAACCACCCAGCCGUUCCCUCAACCAUGACUCCGACGACGUAAUGUCCGACGCCACCUCCGACUCUGAAGAAGACUCCGACACCCAACCAGGCGGCGUCUCACUCGACGGCGGCGCGACCAUCCACCCUCGCAAGCGCCGUUCCGCUGCCGCAGCUUCGUCAACCUUCACCAAGCGUCCCAAGACCAACGUCACCAGUAGUUCGGUCCCUCGCUCCGCCAUCGUCACCCCCGGCGAGCGCAUCACCACGGAUCCUCAAUGGAUGCGCGGCCACGGCACUUACCUCUCCUCCGCCUCCCUAGGUGAACAAGCCAUCACCUCCUCUCUGGCGGGCAUCGUCACGCGCACCAACAAGCUCUUGUCCGUGCGCCCCUUGCGCGCCCGCUACACGCCCGAGGUGGGCGACCUCGUCGUCGGCCGCAUCGUGGAAGUGCAGGCUAAGCGGUGGCGUGUGGACGUCGGGUCUACACAACUCGCUGCGUUGCCUUUGUCCGCCAUUAACCUGCCGGGUGGUAUCCUCCGCAAGCGCACCGAGACGGACGAGCUGCAGAUCCGCACGUUCUUCGCCGAGGGCGACCUAGUCGUGGCCGAGGUGCAGCAGCUUUUCCAGGACGGCGGCGCGGUGCUGCACACGCGCUCGCUCAAGUACGGCAAGUUGCGGAAUGGGGUGUUCAUGGCUGUUUCCGGUACCGGUGGCGGCGGCGGUGUGGUGAGGAGCCGCAGACAGGUGUGGACUUUGGAGAGCGCGAAUAAUGGCGGCCCGAUUGAUAUCAUUUUGGGCGUGAACGGGUAUGUCUGGAUCUCGAAGCAUGUGGAGCCCGUGGUGCCUGAGGAGGCGAAGGGGCAGACGGGUAUUACGAAUAUCGAGGAGGUGGUUAGUGCGACCAUGUAUUCGAGCCAGAAUGACAGGAUCGAGCCCGAGACGAUGAGGGAGAUUGCGAGGAUCAGGGGAGUGGUGACGGCGCUGGUGGAGAAUGGGCUCAGGGUCGAUGAGGAUAUGGUCACCAAGGGGUAUAAUGAGGCGGUGGAGUUGGCGCUGGUGAGUGCUGAGGGCCCGGAGGAUGUGUAUCUCGGUGGUGAGAGGGGUGAGCAGCUUGCUGCUGCUUUGACGGCUGUUUAG